CGAGCCGAGCCGAGCCGAGCACCUCCGAGCGCGGCCGAGCCGGGCCGAGCCGAGCGGCCCAGAGUCGGUUGGUGCAGCUGCGUCCCCGCCGCUCAGCAGUCCGCGGCUCCGGCGUCUCCGCCGCCGCCUCAGCGGGGCCUGCGCCGCCCGCCCGCCGGGAGGGAGGCCCGCAGCGCGGGUAGCGCAGUCCGGCUGCGGGCGCCGCCAACGCCGCCGCUGCCAGGACUGAACUGUAACUGCAGAGCAACAAGUAACCCCUUUAAGAUGCUUGUGGGGCUGGAUAGAAUGAAGAGGGAAACUGUAGAAAACAAUGAAGUAAGGAAAAAAUAUGUUUCCCAGGGAAGCUCAGUCCCCAUCACAAGCAGCAGUUGUGACCUUCUGCCUGGGGUGUGGUCUCUGGGCCCCUGCACUUACCUGCUCUUGAGUUGUGCUGGCUGCCUGCACUUCCGGCGAGCUCCUGCUCUCUUCCUUGGGUAAUGUGCUUCCAGCUGGUUUAACAGGGAAAUCUGCUUUCUGCAAGCAAGUGAAAAAGCUGCCCUUACAAACUAUUUCUUUGGCCCUCAUGGAGUAGCUGGAACUUAUAUUAUGAGGCCCUUGAUGGGAUAAGCUGUCACUUGUGGUCACCCAGUGACUGUCACCAUGGCCAGCAAGAGGAAAUCCACCACCCCCUGCAUGAUCCCAGUGAAGACUGUGGUGCUGCAGGAUGCCAGCGUGGAGGCCCAGCCUGCUGAGGCCUUGCCUCAAGCACCCCAGCAGGAUCUGCCCCCAGAAGUGCCUGCCACCAGCAGCGAGGCCACCCAGAACGCCAGCAGUACUGAAGGCUCUGCCCUGGCCAACGGGCAUCGGAGCACUUUGGAUGGCUAUUUAUAUUCCUGUAAAUACUGUGAUUUCAGAUCCCACGACAUGACCCAGUUUGUGGGACAUAUGAACUCAGAGCACACAGACUUUAAUAAAGACCCAACUUUUGUAUGUGCUGGGUGCAGUUUUCUGGCAAAAACCCCUGAGGGGCUUUCCCUGCAUAAUGCCAAGUGUCACUUGGGGGAAGCCACCUUUGUGUGGAAUGUAGCCAAGCCAGACAAUCAUGUGGUCGUGGAGCAGAGCGUCCCUGAGAUCACCAGCACCCCUGACCUGGCAGGCGAGCCCAGCGCCGAAGGGGUCGAUGGCCAGGCAGAAAUUAUUAUUACCAAAACUCCAAUCAUGAAAAUAAUGAAAGGCAAAGCUGAAGCCAAAAAAAUUCAUACACUCAAGGAGAAUGUCCCCAGCCAGCCUGUGAGUGAGGCUUUACCAAAGCUGUCGGCUGGAGAAACGGAGGUGAAAGAGGGGGACCACUCCUUUGUCAACGGGGCCAUGCCAGUCAGCCAGGCAUCUACCAGCUCCACAAAACCAACCCAUGCUGCCAACGGGCCUCUGAUUGGAACAGUGCCAGUUCUGCCGGCUGGGAUAGCACAGUUCCUGUCUCUCCAGCAGCAGCCCCCUAUGCAUGGCCAGCACCACACCCACCAGACACUGCCCACGUCCAAGGCCCUUCCCAAAGUGAUGGUACCCCUGAGCAGCAUUCCAGCAUACAAUGUGGCCAUGGACUCCAACAGCUUUCUGAAGAACUCCUUCCACAAGUUCCCCUACCCAACCAAAGCUGAGCUCUGCUACUUGACUGUGGUGACCAAGUAUCCAGAAGAACAGCUCAAGAUCUGGUUCACAGCCCAAAGGCUGAAGCAAGGCAUCAGCUGGUCCCCUGAGGAGAUUGAGGAUGCCCGGAAGAAGAUGUUCAACACAGUCAUCCAGUCUGUGCCUCAGCCCACAAUCACGGUUCUAAAUACCCCCCUGGUCGCCAGUGCUGGCAACGUCCAGCAUCUCAUCCAGGCUGCUCUCCCAGGUCAUGUUGUGGGACAGCCAGAGGGCACAGCAGGAGGACUUCUGGUUACUCAGCCACUGAUGGCCAAUGGGUUGCAAGCACCAAGUUCAUCUCUACCCCUCGCAGUUACAUCUGUCUCCAAGCAGCCAAGUGUGGCACCCAUCAACACUGUGUGUUCAAAUACAACAUCAGCUGUGAAGGUGGUUAAUGCAGCUCAGUCGCUCCUCACAGCCUGUCCCAGCAUAACUUCACAAGCCUUCCUUGAUGCUAGCAUCUAUAAAAAUAAGAAAUCUCACGAACAGCUGUCAGCUCUGAAAGGGAGCUUCUGUCGGAACCAGUUCCCAGGGCAGAGCGAAGUUGAGCACCUGACCAAAGUGACUGGCCUCAGUACCAGAGAGGUGCGGAAAUGGUUCAGUGACCGGCGAUACCACUGCCGCAACUUGAAGGGCUCCAGAGCCAUGAUGUCUGGAGAUCACAGCUCCAUCAUUAUUGACUCUGUGCCAGAGGUGUCCUUCUCCCCAUCAUCCAAGGCCCCUGAGGUAACCUGUGUCCCGAUGGCAGCCACAUUAGCAACCCACCCUUCUGCCAAACGACAGUCUUGGCACCAGACUCCAGACUUCACACCAACCAAAUACAAGGAGAGAGCCCCAGAGCAGCUCAGAGCACUGGAGAGCAGUUUUGCACAAAACCCCCUUCCUCUCGAUGAGGAACUGGACCGCCUGAGGAGUGAAACCAAAAUGACCCGAAGGGAAAUUGAUAGCUGGUUUUCAGAGAGACGGAAAAAAGUGACUGCUGAGGAGACCAAGAAGGCUGAUGAGAAUGUCUCUCAAGAGGAAGAGGAGGCUGCUGAGGAUGAGGGUGGAGAAGAGGACUUGGCCAGUGAGCUAAGGGUGCCUGGGGAAAAUGGCUCCCCGGAGUUGCCCGGCAGUCAGACCUUGGCAGAGCGCAAAGUCAGUCCCAUCAAAAUCAACCUCAAGAACCUGCGGGUCACUGAAGCCAAUGACAAGAGUGAGAUUCCAGGGAUGACCAUCUGUGAGCCUGAGGAUGAAGUGUUGAACAAGCUGGCAGAGCAGCCCCCAGGCAAAGUUAGCUGCAAAAAGACGGCCCAGCAACGGCACUUGCUGCGGCAGCUCUUUGUCCAGACACAGUGGCCCAGCAACCAGGACUAUGACGCCAUCAUGGCCCAGACGGGUCUGCCACGGCCGGAGGUGGUGCGCUGGUUUGGAGACAGCAGGUACGCCCUAAAGAACGGCCAGCUCAAGUGGUACGAAGACUAUAAGCGGGGCAACUUCCCACCAGGGCUGCUGGUCGUUACCCCUGGCAACCAGCAGCUCCUGCAAGACUAUUACAUGACACACAAGCUGCUGUCUGAGGAGGACCUGCAGAGUCUCUGUGACAAGACCCAGAUGAACCCCCAGCAGGUCAAACAAUGGUUUGCUGAGAAAAUGGGUGAGGAGACCCGGGCGGUGGUGGACACAGGCAUUGAGGACCCAGGCCCUGGUGCUGGUGAGCCCGCAGCAGCUCACAAAGGAAAGGCUGACACCUAUUCCGAGUUAGCUGAGAACAGUGAGUUGUGGGAGCCCAGCAUCCCUGCGGCCAGCUUGGAGCCCUUUGACAAAUCGAGCCCCCAGGCUGGACUUCAGCUAGAAACAGACUGAAUUUGAUGCGAUUACUGUGAAGGAUUGGCCUGUCUGGGAUGCCGCCUGCCCUGAGGAAGGGCCAACCUGUCUGUCUGCUGCCACAGGCCGUUGCUGUGCGCGGCCGCGGGCAUCUGAGAGUGCUUCUGGAGGCCUUGAAGACAGCCCAGAGCCCGCCACUGCUGCCGCUGUCCUCGCCUGCUCACCGCCCAUAGCGGGAACAGGGUCUCGUCAGUUCUUCCUCCACAGCGUAGGACCUUCCCUUUGCCUUCUAGUGGAUUAAAUAGUUCAGAUUUCAUAUUCAUAGACACAGAAUCAAGUGUUUAACAUAUACAUCUGCCUAUAUAUGUUAAAUAAAACAUCAGAUUAUAAACACUUUCUUCACAUAGAAACUUUGGUUAGCAAAGCAGUACAUGACCCUUUGCAUCAUCUCUGAACAUGCCUGUGUCUGUUCUCUGGGGAUGGCUGGGUCACAGGUGCCCUCAGCUUCCACAGUCGGGCAGGGGUUAUAGGCACACUCAGCACUGCAUCUGGAACCUCCCCACUGGGUGUCCCCUUUGCAUUCCUAAAAGAAGCAAUACCUUUGAAGAGAUUCUGCUGCAUUGAGCUGUGACCAGCCGUGUUACAUGGCAGGCUUGCCUUGCAUUGUGGACUAAUCUGUGCAAAACCCACUGUUACCCUCAGUUCAAAAAAAAGACUGGCUAAGUGAUCUGUCUUGGAUAUUUACCACUUUCUGUAGUCUUAGCAUAAUGCUGCUUUAUCAUGAAUAUUUGAAUCAUGGACCAUAACUUUUUAGUUAUUAGAUCAGCUAAAGAAAUAUUUGUUGCUAAGCCUAAUGACCUAUGUGCCUGCCUUUUAAAAUCUUUUUAUUCUAGACACAUUUAGAGAGGAAAAUAGAAAAAAGCAGCGGGGGUAGGGAUGGAGAUGGAAGUGGUGGAAGUGUAUAGUCACGAUCUGUAGCUCCGGCCACUGAGGUUUGCACUUUGGCCCUUUGUCUGCACUCACUUCAGAGCCUCCUGUGGUUUGGGAAGGAAGAACACAUUGGCCCCGUAGUAAGAGUAAGGGCAGAAAGGAUUCCACAGCUUUCCAGAAUUAUCAGAGCAGACAUAUAUAUGGGGGUCCUGGCCCUCAUGCCUAGAGCCUGGCUGGCACACUGGGUACACACCUGCAGGUGCUGGACAUCACUGGACAGGUCCUGGUGAGGAUGUUUCUAAAGCUUUAUACCCCAAACUUGGAAAUAAGAACUCUAUCUACUUCACCCUAACCCUCAUUUCCUUUUUUGAAUUGAGAAAAUCACAGGAAAAGUUGCCUCAAAAAAUUAGACAACCUGUUAGCAGAGCUUUACUAAAUGGUAGAUUCCUGAUUUCCCCAAGAGCAGUAAGUACAGGGAGUGGGCUAUAGACCUAUCACCUGUAGCUCCCCUCACCUCUUAGAAACCACCCGCUUCCCAAAGUGCCAAGCCACAGGCCCCUGCAGCUGGGCGGGGUGGAAGCACUUGGUGAGCCCCAAGACAGGGCAGCAGCUUUGGGCAGGAAACAUUGCUGAUGGCUUAGGCACUGUCCUCCUUCCCCAUGCCACCUAGGGAAGCAGGCCCUGCUGGCUUGGUUCUGAGGAUGGGCAUGGUGGUAGUACCUCCUGCCUUCCAGGAAAGGGCUUUUUUUGGAAACCAAAAGGCCUUGAACCGUUGUUAUUCUGAAGUGUCUUCUUUUCUCCUUCCUGUCCCAAUAAGGGACCACCUCUUAUUUGUCUCUACCAGGGGACUUGUGAGUACCUGGCAAGUUUUGCAGCCUAUUUUGUAUCCUUUCCAUUUUGGGAGUGAAGCUACUUAGUCCCAAAAGCCUUUGAGGAAUGGCCAAGAAUGGUGAGCAAUUGUUUUCCUUCAGAGAACAGACACCUGGAAUUGCUCCUUUCGUGUUUAAGUACAUGCAGGUUAAUUUAUACAUACACGUAUACAGUACAAAUACGCAUUUGAUACUUGUAAAACAUGCAUCUGAUGUGUACACGUGAGGAACUUGGUGGCACCUGGGUGUCGUGAAGUAGCCUGUGUUGGAGGGAAGGCCAGCACUCUAGGUGGUUGGGCAGCCCAGCAUGAAGCCCUCGCCAGGGGUCUGAGAAACUGCCCAGUGCCUCAUGUCCAGAUCCUGCCAGCAUCACUCUAGAGCCCUGCCUGCACUGGCGGAAGGGUUGUGUCUAUGGAGAGGAUUUUCUUGGUUAUUUUAUUUGUAUUCACUUUUUAAUUUACAAACCAAACAGAAAAGCAGAGUAUGAUGCUUGAUGGACAAGUUUAUGCAGGACACAGAAAACAACCCAGCCUCGGGCACCAGCUCAUCUUUUAGGUGGAAAAGUUAUAGCGCUGCCUGCCCCGGCACAUUUUCCCCCAGCAUUAGCCAGGGCUACACAAGACUGCCCAAGUGAGAGCCGAGCGUUGGACAGACCCUUCUCUUCCUGUGCUCUUGGAAGGGAAUGAGUCAGUGUGGUCUGCACCUCAUGCGUGAAAGAAUAAAACGAUCAAAGGUGAUGCUGAGAGAGGCAGUCAUCAAGAUGGUGCUGAAAGGGACAUUGUAGCAGGUUCCCCAGGCUUUGGGGGCAAAACCCUGCACGGAGCCAGUGGAGCAGACACGCCCACACGAGGCGGUGGAACAUGGGAUGGCAGCAGCCAGACGUGCAGCCCUGUGGAAGGACAGACCGCUGUGGUUUUGCACACUGCUGACGUGAAGCUCGGUGCUGUGUGUUGCCUUCUGCAGAAGGGUUCUGCGGAGUUGAGAAGUGGGGUGGGGUUGGUCUCUUCUCAAGAAAAAGCCUGUUUUAUAAGGUGACUAAUCUCCCUCUUUUCUGUACACACUUGGACUCAUCAGAGAUAGUAAAAUCCUUUCAGCAUUUCUUGUUGCCUAUGACUUGUAGCUGUUUGUUCUGUUUUACACAUGGGGUUGUAGAUCCAGUUCUCACAGACCACCAUUCUGAUAAAGAACUUUGAACUUAUGCUGCAUAUACUUUGCAUAUGUUGAUUACUUGUUUUCAUUUUUAGCUAUAGGGGAGCUUUUUGAUUUGGGAAAAGUGUUUUUUUGGCUUCCUGAAAAAGAACACCCUACUUGGAUGGCCUGCUAGCACUUGGGCUUUGGUAUUUUGUCCAAGACUGUACUCCUUAGAGCUCUUUUCUCUUGGCUGAGUGACGAAGAUGUUUAGGUGGACCAAAGCACCUUGACCCAAGGACCCCAAAGCUCCCAUGUUUACUAUUGGUCUCAUCCCCAGCUGACCUUGGAAGUUUGUGUUAUCCAGGCUGAACUGUGGCUCUUGUGGGUUUCUCCUGCUCAGUGAGCGGCCCAGGGACAGGUCCUGUGUCCUCCCCUUCCCUCUGGCACUGAGACAGAGGACAGGAGUUGCCUUUCUACUUGGAUGCUUCUGUGUCCCCUCCCUCAGCUCCCUGAUCAUGCUGUCCCUGUCUUGGGUCCUAUUGCCUCUUAUUUUUCUAGUCUAUUCAUUGACCCAAAUCCUCAGACUGGACCAGCUCUGUCAACUUGAACAUCAUAGCCCAAUUGGAUCAAAGCACUCUGCAGGGAAGGAGACCCAGUCGAGGAGAAAAUCUUAAAACCAACCUGGAGUUUGGCCUUUUCCUAAAGUCCCCCAACCUUUUCCUUGCUCAGAGUCUAUCUGGGGGCAGUUUAUCAGUUUUACCCCUCUUUUGCUGAAGAUGUAUUUUAGUAUUAAGUUUAAAUUUUCAUGUCUCACAUUCAUUUGCAAGGCUCAGUUGUAUGCUGGAGAAGAAAAACCUAGACACAGCCAGAGUUCUAGGCCAGAGUAUAUUAGCAGGACCAGGUCAGGCAGCUGCAGGGCCUGGUCCUGCCCACUACAGAUGGAGAACCCCCUCUUCAUGGUCUCUUGACCAGCUUCCUGCCCUCCCUGUCACUGAGCACAAGCCUCUCCCGAACAUCUGCCCAGGUCAUGGUGGCCAGGGAGCAUCUGAGCUCUGGAUCCCUCCCCAAGUGAGCUUCAGUCUGCGGUAGUCACCAUGCAGACAGGGCUGAUGUGGCUGCGGAGACCUUAUCAGCAAAGUGACCACCAGUUCUGGUUUGGGUCAAGUGACUAGAUGAAGUGUCAGUCAAGGCGCUGCUUGGCCAGUCAAGGUGGCCCAGCCCAGCUCUAAGUACAAAUGGAACCAACAGGUUUCUGCUGGAACAUGCCAGGCCACACUGGGAAGUGUACGGUGUGUCAGGGUGGGCUAACUCAAGUCCUCUCUGAACUGUUGUAGCAUCUGCACUUGGCUGUGAUGUGACCGGAGCACACACAGAGUUCUCCCAUCAAUACCAGCCUGUUGUCCUGCGACUGCCCAUGAACCUGACCUCUGCACCAGCCUGGAGAUAGGACAGUGAAGAGUUUCCUCUUAGCCCUGGCUGGAUACCUCAGGAACCAUCCAUUCUAACCACCCUGAUGUCUGUAGCAGGGAAAGGAACCCAGAAGCUUGGGGUGAGACUAAGCAGACUCUGGUUACCAUAUGGACAAGGACAGGCAGGCAUCCCCUUCCUUGAUUUUUGAAAAAAUCCCAUCUUGUAAUUUGCACAACAGUGUGGAUUCCCAAAGAAUGUAUAGCUACUGCUUUGCUGUUGCUGGCCCUGCAGCCUUCAGAACCAAAGUCAGGCAGAGCCGAGGGAGCCACAGCGAGCAGGGCAUCUGCUCUCGUGGCCGCCUGGGUGGUGUCUUUCCUGCUGUCCACUCAUGUAGGCGGUGAGCCCCAGGGCACCUGGGAGGAGGCAGAGUGUUUACCUGCCCUAAUUAACAGGACUUUUCCUUCAGGAGAUCAGAUUGGGGAACCUGUGUGCAAGCACCUGUGUGUGGUAACAGCAUUUCUUAUCUAGUGCUUUUUAAACGUAUUCCUUUCCAUGAUAAAUGAAUGAUUUAAAAUUACUCGGUGUGACUGGAGUUGAAGGUGAAAUAUCCAAGAUAAAGGAUGUUCAGUCACUGAACAUCUGCAAUGUUUGCUCUUUCUGAGAGUCAUACCCAAGUAAAAAUGCUGAGGGGAGCACCCACCACGUGGAACCUGUGCGUCCUAUAAUCUGUGUUUAAGGGGGAGACCUUGUCAGUCAUCCUUGGUUCAUACCCAUAUAGCUCCCGUUCUUGCACUGUGCUUAAAAUAGGGUCAGAGACCCACGUGAGACUGUGGCUGGAACCUGGAGAGCUAGCGCCCACUCCUCCCCUGCCUCCAGCGUGAUCAUCAGGCCAGGGCCAGGGGAAAUGGUUGCCCCCGUGUGGCAAGUUCCACCACACUUCUGAGCAGUUGCUUUGUUCAGCGGGGUCAGAGGGUCAGACUGUGCCACAAUUGUUAUUAAAGAGAAAACAUGCCAACCUUCCCCUGUCCCCUGCUGGCCAUUGUUCAUUGACAAUUUCACUGAGCACAGCCUUUGCGGAAGUCAGGGAGGUUGCCAAAGGCCUGCAGAUCUGCCGAGGUUCCCUUCUGCUUUCCCCCGGUCCAUUUGUAUUCUGGUCUUCAGUGCAGACCCCUUUGUUCCCUGUAGCUGGACUGGUGGGAAGUGAGGCUAGGAAGUAGCUGCUGGUGGGUGCUGGCGCUGUGCUCCCCCUGGCUCCUGGGGCCAGCGGAAGGAGUGAUCAUCUUGGUGCUAAAAGGCAAUCGUCCUGUCACUGGAAGCAAACUGACACUUCGGCCAAACUGUACAAAAGGAUCCCAUCUCCUGCUGGGCCAUGCAGGAGAGACCAAACCAAGAAAAUGGCAUACUCUGUCACAUAGGCCUGGGUAGAAUUGGAAUUCUUUGCUCUGGGUAAAUGUUUUUUUAAUACAAAAACAUUGACUUUGGUUUGGACUGUGGUGGUGCUGAGGUGGAGGGAGCCUAGUUGCCUUCUUUGGGCUGAGUCUCCAGGCCUCACAAGGUCCCCUGUGGGGAUGCUGCUAUUUCUAAUGCAAAUUGCACAUUUCUUACAUUUUGUAUCUUGUGGAUUUGGAUAAGUGAGGCUUAUCCACAUAGGAGGAUAAGGGGAGGGGAACAGGGACAAAUUGCUUGUAUGGUUUGAAAUGGGACUCAAUGGUACUUCAAACCUUUUGAUUGUUCCUAAAUAAACUGUAAAUAACACUUCA